UUGGUUUUUUGGUGCGAAAAGCUUUUCAAAGAUGGCCGCUGUUAAUCUCAGGUAUCUACUGCUACUGAAAGCUCGAUUAUUGAUCAAAAUUUUGCUGCUAAGAAGACGUGAGAGAAGGUUGCAAAAGUACAAGAAAAGGUUUUGGAUAAGGAAGAUCUAUGAAGAACGGGAGCGGAAGGGCGAGUAUCAUCUUUUGAUCAAAGAACAGAGACUACACGAUGCUGAAUAUUUUUUCAGGUGUUUUAGAAUGACUCCUACACUGUUUGAAGAGCUCCUGAAUUGGUUUGGCCCGUUUCUUCAGAAAAACGAUACGAAAAUGAGGAAAGCUAUCCAACCAAGUGAAAGAUUGUCUGUUUGUUUAAGAUACCUGGUGACGGGUGAUGCCCAAGUAACGAUAUCAGCAAGCUUCCGUAUGAGUCCCACAGUUGUUGGGAGAAUAAUCAGUGAGACUUGUGAAGUUGUAUGGAAAGUACUCAGCGCAAAAGGCUUCAUCAAAAACCCAUCAACAGAACUGGAAUGGAAAUCUAUAGCCGAAGAAUUUUCAAGAUUUUGGAAUUUUCCGAAUUGCUUGGGAGCCCUUGAUGGGAAACAUGUGGUCAUGCAAGCACCAGCAAAAUCAGGAUCUUCCUUUUUUAAUUACAAAAAAACUUUUAGCAUUGCCCUUUUGGCAAUUUGCGAUGCAAGAUAUAAGUUCACUCUGGUGGAUAUAGGAGAUAGUGGUCGCCAGAGUGAUGGAAGUGUGUAUAAUUGUAGUAUUUUAGGUUAUGCUAUUGAAAAUAAUCUAUUGCAAAUCCCUGGACCUGCAAAGCUGCCCAACUCAGAAAAACGACUUCCAUUUGUAUUUGUUGCAGACGAUGCAUUUGGACUCAAAACACAUAUGAUGAAGCCCUUCCCAUCACAUAAUUUGUCAUUUGAUCAACGUGUCUUUAAUUAUCGGUUAUCAAGGGCAAGGAGGGUGAUUGAAAACACUUUCGGGAUUGCUGCCAGUAGAUUUCGAGUAUUGAGAAGACCAAUCAUUGCCAAUGUUAGCAAAGUAAUACUUAUCACAAAAGCUAUUGUUGCACUGCACAAUCUACUGAUGUUUAAAAAUUCAUCAACAAACAAUUAA